AGGUUGAAGUUCUGAAGAGGGACCAGAAUGUCAAUUGUGGCUUGCUUUGUCCUUAUCCUCGGCUGUGGCAGUGCCCACAGCCUUGUAAGGCACAGCCACCCCACCCGAUGCCAUCCUUUCUUUGGGUCACGGCGUUUUAAAUAUAAAUAACCUCACUUCGACUUCCUCUGGCAAAGGACAAAGAUCUUCCUACUACUUUGGAUUGACUCUCUGCCUUUGUGUCGGUACUAGUUCUUUAUUCGUAACGAUUUCCACCGUCACUACCUCCAUCUUUUCACCAUGACGAUGCGAGAAUAUCCUGGUGGAGACCAGCAAACCCCCACCGGCUAUGGCUAUGGGGGAAACAACAACAGACAAGGCAACCCAUCGCCUCAGUCUUUUAACCACCCGAACGCCAGUGGCUACUAUCCGUAUCCUCCUUCGGGUUCGAACCCUUCGGAGACAAAUUAUAACUACAACUCUGGGAAUCAGUACUACCCCCCGCAGUCGGAAUAUCCUCAGCCGCAGCCAUGGGGUGGACCCUCGCCUUCACCCGGCCCCUACUACCAGCAGCCGGAGAACCGAUCAUAUCAAAACGCUCCAUAUGGGGGACAGCCACCAUAUCCCCAUUCUGAAUCCCCCCGACCGAACGAGAAGGACGCCUACCCUCCUCAACCAUAUCCUUCUUCCUCCCCGCAACAGACGGGUUACGGUCAAUACCCGCCAGCGCCACCACCUUAUUCCCCCCAGCCCACCGGUAGCACAGAUACCCCGAAUGGUGAACCGGAGGAAAAGGAGAGAGGAUUUCUCGGGGCGGUCGCGGGCGGGGCGGCUGGUGCCUACGGUGGUCAUAAGGUCAAUCACGGCUUCCUUGGCGCCAUCGGUGGAGCGAUAACCGGCUCAGUCGCGCAGGACGCGAUGAAGAAACAUAAAAAAGAGAAGGAAGAGGAGGAGAAGAAAAAGCAAUGGGCCGCCCAGCAAGCAGCUCAGCAAGCAGCGCAGCAACAGGCUCAACAAUACGCUCAGCAACACGCUCCCCCUCCCAUGUUCUCCCCGCCCCCGCAGCAUGGGCCUCAUGGGCCUCACAGGCCCGAUCCAACCCCACUGCGUGGGAACUUCUCUGCCUCAUCUCGCGACAUCCGCUUGGAGAGGGGUCAUGACCUCGUCGCCCACUGUGGUGCCAUCUCGGGUCAAAUGCGUCCUUCUUCGAUUCCGCUCAAUAACGUGCUGUCUAAUCAGUUUGGCAAGUUUGUGUGGGCGCGAAAUGGGAACUUUGCCGCGUCGGCGCGGAACAUUCGGCUGAUCGAAGGGGGUAAAGUGCUAGAGGCUGAACUCGCGAACGGCCGAGGGGGGUGGGAUCGGGCAUGGAUGAGGUUGGAUGAGCGGAUCUCCAAUCAGGACGGCAACCUUGUCUUCUUGGAUUAGAUCUGGCACCUGUUCUUCCUCACUAUGGUUUCGUUGCUCGUCCUCUUUUCGCCCUUCCCUCUUAGUCGUAACGAAAUAGUUUCAAGAUGGCCAGAAUGAAUUUUUUAAUAUUUACGAAUAGGUAAUCCCUAUGGUCCCAGCAUGAUUUUCGUAUUUUUGUUUAUGAUCGGAACAAUUUCCAUUGUUAAGGGAGGUGUGAUAGACCAACGGACUUGAGGUUAAA